UCCAACCCUCAAAACUAAGACGGUUCUUUAGUUUUGUCUCACAACCAACAAAUUCGUACGAUGGAGGAGGUGAGCCAAAGUCCAGUAUCACCCUACCCCAGAACUCAUGAGAAACUUCGGGAUUCCUCACCUAGUGUGUCUGCGGUGCAAUGUGCUAACUGCUUCCAAUGGAGGUUAAUUUCGUCUCAGGAAGAGUACGAGGAAAUUAGAGAAAACUUCAUACAGAAACCAUGGUUCUGCGAUGACAAAGCUAAUGUGACUUGUCAGGAUCCAUCUGAUAUAGAGUAUGAUGCCACUAGAACAUGGGUUGUUGACAGGCCAAACAUUCCAAAAACACCAGCUGGUUUCAAAAGAUAUGUGCAUGUUAGAAAGGAUUACAGUAGGGCAGAUACUUACUACAUACUACCUGGUGGAAAGAAAGUCCGAUCACGGACCGAAGUAGAGAGUUUUUUAGAAGCAAAUCCAGGAUACAGAGAUGCUGGAAUUACAGUUGAUGGCUUCUGUUUCACAACUCCAAAGAUAAUGAAAGAAACAAUCCCUGAAGAUGUUGAAGUCGAAGUAGUAAUAAGAAGAAAAUGA